AUGCCAAAACGAAAGCGCGGGGAGCCCAAUCUUGGGGACAAGCUUGAGAAGCACUGUAAUGAUGUCUCAAAGGCACUCAAGGCUGCAAAGGGCCUAGAGCGCCAGCGAUAUAGUAAGCGACUUCAUGAAGAUGGAGUUGAGUCUGAUAAGAAGGAAAGAUUGGAACGGGAGGUGACGGUCUUGAAGUCUCUUGACCUUCAUCAAACCGCGCGCGCUCACCUCUACUCGUCGAUCCUCAAAGUCAAAGACCUUGCUGCAUCUACCAACCUCCCCGAAGAGAUUCGCACCGGCGUUCCCAAACCCGAGCUUACCCCCGAAGAACAGGCUGCGCUACACAAUGUUACCAGUGCACUAUAUAAUCGUGAACUCGUCAAACAGGCAAUCACUCGCGCCAUCACCACCUUCUGCCAAGCCCUCGAUGUCCCUCUACCCGGAAAAGCGAAACGCGUACGAAAGUCCAAGAAGGAAGAGAAAGAGGAACAACCGUCCGAUAGGAUAGAAGAGGAUCCCAAGGCUGAGGCUAUACCUGCUAUGGAAGAUGUGCGAGCGUCAAUUGAAAAGGAGGACGAUGUUGAAGAGGAAGAAUCGGAAUUCCAGGGAUUCUCAGAUCAUGACGAUCCUGUUCAGGAACCUGAAGAGCUUGACAGUGAAGAUGAAGCGCAGGAAGAGAAAUCCAUGUCCAAGUAUGAUCACUUGCUAGGCGGCUCCUCCGAUUCCGAUUCCGAAGACGAUUUCGACGAUGAGAAAUUCGAGCGCUUCAAGGGCAAAGAGAAGGUCAAUCUGGACGACAUAUCCGUUUCUGGCUCAGAUGCCGCACCAGAGCUCGGUUCCGAAUCAGAAGAAGAAGAAGAAGAAGAAGAAGAAGAAGAAGAAGAAGAAGAAGAAGAAGAAGAAGAAGAAGAAGAAGAAGAAGAAGAAGAAGAACUCUCUGUAUCAGCUUCGCCCUCGCCACCUCCAGCCAAGAAGAAGAAGAGCAAGGACAAGGCAACGGCAUCCGCUCGUCCUCGUGAAUCGACCUUCCUACCCACACUCAUGGGUGGUUACAUCUCAGGUUCUGAGUCCGCUUCCGACGUAGAUGUUGCCCCAGCAAAGAAACGUCGCGGCCAACGAGCCCGCCAGGCAAUUUGGGAGAAGAAAUUCGGUAACAAGGCCAAGCACUUACAAAAGCCUGCGUGGGAAACACAACGCGGACGCGAUUCUGGAUGGGAUGGUAAGCGUGGUGCUGUAGAGCCUGGAGAUGGUCCACGAACACCCUGGAAGAAGGGCAUUCGCAAUCCUCUUGCGGCCAGACAAGACGGUAGUGCGCGAUCGGAGACCAAGCCUGAGGUGAAGAGGCCGCCUCCGAAGAAGGAUGAUGAAGGACCGUUGCAUCCUAGCUGGGCAGCCAGGAAGCAAGCGAAGGAUGCAGAGAAGACAGCGGCAUUUGCGGGAUCCAAGAUUACAUUUGACUAG